UUGAAUAAUUAUUGAAUGAAAUGUAAAUGUCUUCUGAUUAUAAAUUGUAAUUUAUGUCGUCUGCUUCUCAUUAAUUUUGUUGUUGUUGUCAUUUUGACAGUCAAGGAUUCAGAUGAGAUUAGAUCUAAACCAAAGUUAGACAAUAAACCAAAAGAAAUACAAACAAAGAAAAGUGAGGAUGUGGAUGAAGAUGUCAACAAAAAGUCUCUCACUAAGGAGAAAAUUGAAGUAAAACCAAUUACUGAAGAUCUCAAAGUCCGAAAAAUGUCCGAAGAGAAAGAUACUACUGACACUACAGAUGUUGAAACAAAACAGCAUGUGGUUACAGACGCAUCCAAAAAACCUGAUGAAGAAAUUGACAGGCCUAAAGAUAUUUGUGAGAAUAAGAAAAGCCCUGCUGAUAUUGAUGAAGAAGUUAAAGAUGCUGAAAAAGAAAAUUUGACUAAAGAGGCUGAUAUCAUUAAUCUAGAUUCAGAAGAUGAAAAUUCAGAGAAUCAUAAAAACGAAGAGGCAGAGUCAAAAAGCAUUAAACUUGUGAAUGAUCCAGCAGCUGAAAGUGAAGAGACUAAAAAAGAAGUUGAGACGGUAACAGAAGAAACCAGCUGUGUUGCACCAGCUGAGAAUAAAGGGGUUAAAACAAAUGAAGAAGAAGUGAUGGAACAGGAGACAACCAAUGAACUAGAUGUGAAAACUGGAGUUGAAGAAGAUGUAUCAGAUAAGGAGGAAAAAGAGAUAGCUUCAAAAGAAACAGAUGAGAAAAACAACACUGAUGGUAAAGAGGAGGAUGAAAAAGAAACAAUGGAUAUAACAACUGAUGUGACAGAGGAUAGAUCUGCAGAAGAACUGGUUGAUAAGGAAGAAAUGGAAUCUAUGGAAGAAGAGGACAAACAAAAUGAGCCUGUAACAUCGAUUGAAUCUCCCAAGGUUGAAGAAAGUCUUGAGAAAGAAAAUGCAAAACUUGACACUGAAACAUGUGUAGAGAAAAGUCCUGAAGUUAAAGAAAUGGAUGUAGAUGCCGAGUCUAUGGAUAUAGAGAAAAAUGUAGUGGACAAUGAAGAGGUUGUUGAAGAAGUUAAUGAAACAACUGGUAUUCCAAAGGAGCAUGUCGAGGAAGGGAACACUGUUACAGAAGAAGAAAACAAACAAUCUGGAGAAGAACAGGUUGUUGCUGAACCAUCUCCAGCGGAAAAGACAUCGUCUAAAGUAGAUGAUGAAAACAAACCUAAAGGGGAUGAUAUACCCAAAGAAGGAAAUGAAUCCAAAGAGGAAGAAAAGGAUAAAGAAGUUGAUGUUGAGAGAGAGAAAUCUGAAGAUAGAGCCUCUUCAAGUGACCGAAGAGCAUCAAGCGACCGAAGCUCUCAGGACCGACACAGGGACUCAAGUGAAAGACAUUCCAUAGAGAGGCGUGACUCCCGGGAUAGGCAUCACUCUGGAAGUAGUGAGCGAUCUAAAUAUGAUGACAGGUCAAGGCGAGAUGACAGACACCGCCAAGACAACAGAUCACAUGGAUCUAAUAGGUCAGACAGUUACCAUAGUAACCGAUCUAGCUACGAUCAGAACCGAGAUCGCUCAUACGACCGAGACCGAGAUUACAACAGGAAUAGAGAUUAUAGACAUGGCGAUAACAGAAGUGGACAUGGAUACCAGGACAACAGAGGUUAUGGAGGUCAAGGUCACAGAGGGCAUCAAGGUCAGUAUGGUGGUUACCAAGGAAACAGGGGAGGAAACAGUCAGGACAGAAGCUACAAUAGAAAUUACCAAAACAGAGGGGGUUACAACCAGAAUUACAGGGGUAAUCAAAGAGGGGGUUACUACUAGAGACGUUUGAUGACUUAGGAGAAUUGACAGAUCUUGUACAACCCUCAUAAAAUUUUGACAUAAGCGUAAACUUGCACUUUGUUACAUCUUUAAGCUUAUCAGUGGUUCUUCAGUGGUAAAAUGAAGAAUUUUCAUACAAAAAAGAUAAUAAUAUAAGAACUAUAUGUGUUGUAAAGUGUCUCGGCAUAAUGUCAAGAAAAGCACAUUUUUAAGCCGUAAUUGGAACUGUGGUGUAUCUUGCAGUUUAUAAUCUAGCAUAUCCGAGACUAUGAUGAAGUGUUUGAAUAGCAGGCAGAAACUAUGAUGUAGUGUACUGGACAAAUUUUCAAAUAUGUAGAGACUAUGGUGAAGUGCACUGGACAUAAUUCUACAUACAAGAUGAAAGCUAUUGUGUAGUGCAAUUGACAUAAAUGAAAGGUAUGGUGUAGCGCACAGAACAUUAUUUCAAAUAUGAGAUAAAAGCUACAGAGUAGCAUACUGGACAUAAUUUCACAAACAAGAUAUAGACUAUGGUGUAGUGCACAGGACAUAAUUUCAAAUACAAGAUAGAAACUAUGGUGUAGCGGACAGGACAUAAUUUUACAAACAAGAUAGAGCUGUAAUGAAUGUUUAAGUUUGAGGAGUCACACCUCAUAGAUAACCUUUAGUGCAUUAAUUUUGUACACAGUUAUAACAGGAAAUUAUUUUUAACUCUGUCCUAACAUUUUUCCUCUUCAAGGAAUUCCAGGAAACGUGUUAAAUUCUCAAGUUGUGUUCUGAUUAGGGAGAAAAAAAAAUCAAGAAAUUCCAGGAAACGUGUUAAAUUCUCAAGUUGUGUUCUGAUUAGGGAGAAAAAAUCAAUACAUUUAUCUAAACUUCAUUCUUCUAAGUAUUUAUGUAUAUAUAUGAGGCAUGGUGUGAAAGAUUUUUGAAUUCAUUUUAAUUUUGUAUGAUAAUGUGUAAAUUGACAUUUGUUUCUUUGAAAUUUAAAAUAUAUUUUUGUUUUGUGCAAAAUUCAGCUUUAAGUAUAUGUACUUAAACUGACAUAUUUGUAAAUGGAUUUUAGGGCAGCAUUUUAUCAUGUAACAAUUUUGUUAAGCUUUUUGUUUCAGAUUGCAUAGCGAAUACAUGUAGAUUUAUCAUAAUUUUCAUUUUUGGGGUAACUGAGUGUUAACUUUAGCUAGAUUGGAUGUUUUGACCCUUGUUAAGGUGUUUUGACCCUCAGUGAGGUUAUGACCCUCAUUAGAGUAUUUUGACCAUCAGUAGGGUGUUUUGCCCUCAAUAGGGUGUUCAAUGUAACACAUGCCUAUGAUAUAUUACAGUGCCGUUCAAGACUUUGAAAUGUUGAUUUUAAAUAUAAAAAGGUUUAUACAUAAAACAAUUUUUUUGUGUUGUUUUAAGGAUGUGAGAGAUAAAUAGAUAAAUGGACUUUUUUAAUCUAUAAAUAGCAUAUAACCAGAAAUACAUUCUAUAAAUAGCUCAUUGCAUAUUUUCCAUUACAGGUUUUCUUAAAAGGCAAAACUGGAAAUUUAGGUGUUUAUUUUAUAUAGUCUGUUCCAUGUUCUAAAAGCAGCAGUGUAUUUUAAACGCUUCACAUUUUUUUGUGUAUACUACAAUGCGUAGGGACUUGCUUUAAACACAGUAUGAUAUUUACAAAGAAUGUUUGUGUUUUUGAUUUUAUUAUACUUUUGAUUGAUACUUACUGUUGUGUUUGUUUGUUUGUAUAUUUUUGUAUUUUCUUGUUGUGAAAACAUCUUCUUUUAAAAAACUAUCAGGCCAUUUUCUUUUCAAGCUAGUCCUUUUUUCAGGCAUUUUUCUUUUUUACACCAGGACUGGCCUCUUUCACAAACAUUUUAAGGUUGACCAUUGGAAGAUUAGGGAGAGCUGUUGAUCUUACCCAGACUUAGAUGUCACACUUUUGGUUAAGCUUUUGCAUGCAGAUUGGUGUCUCCAAAAUUACUGAAAGGAAUGGGCUGAACAUUUGCACACUUGUUAUCUAUGGUUGCAUAAAUUAUUUACACAGGCCCAGUAACUCUUGAGUUACCUUUUUACAAUGUUAGGUCCCUUUAUUAUGGUCAAGCACUUCUAGCCUUGCUGUCUUAUGGACAGCUGUUGUCUAUUAAAAAAUGCAUAUUUUAUAGAAAACACUGCAUAUUCAUUUACAUUAUAUACAUCUACAAACUGGCGUAAAUGAAAUUCGUCUUCAAUACAUUUACUCUGUACAUGAUAUGCAAUGAUGGAUAUUUGUUUUGUAUGAGCAUUUAACUUCACAGCAAACUACUUUCGUUAAAUAAACUACCUUAAUGAUGUGAAUGAAAUUCAUCUACCUUACCUAUAUUCUUUUACACAAUAUACACUGUGGAAUUUUCAAGAUACUUACUUGUUUAUUUGUUGUAAAUAAAGUAUGGGAAUAAACCUCCCUGUUGAUUUCUAGCCUGAAUCAUAAAAGUGUAAAUUGCAAGCUAAAUUGUAACAUAAAAUGUCACUUGAAUUUAAAAUAUCUUGAUAUAAAUGAUGUAGUCAGCAUAUUUCUUUUAUAUUAAUACACAGGGUUGUUUUGUUGUUGUUGUUUUUUGGUCAGAAGCGAUACACAGUGAGUUUUAUAAAUAAUAACUCACACAAGUAUUUCACUGAUUAGCAUGUAAAAUUGUUUCAUAUAUUUUUUACAUGUGUAUAAAUAAUGAUCCAAAAAAUAAUUAAGUGUAUCAUAUUUUGCUUGUACAAAGUGCUUAAUUGUUGUCAUAUUAUUUCUUUGAAUAUUUUUCUGUUGUAUUCCUUCAUAUAUGGGUAAGGAGAAAUUUUACUGUUUUCUGUCACAGUGAAAUAUUGUCAUUUAAUGUGUCAUACAGAACCCGCGUCUUAUAGUGGGGUCACCCGCGUCUUAUAGCGGGGUCAAGUCUUAUAUUGGGGUCAAGUCUUAUUGGCGAGUAAAUAAAUGUUAUCAAAGAUUGAUCAUUAAUUGAUUUAUUGUCGUUUCGUAGGAUCAUGACUACAUUGUCAAAGUUGUUAUUUUGUUUAAAGAGUUUGCCAUCUUUGUAAGAUGUAAAUUUAUCAUUAUCAUGUGUUAAAAAACAGCCAUUUUUCAUAGCAUUUGUAAAAAAGGCUUUCAUGUAAAAAAAGCAUCGGUCAAAAUAAAAAUUUUGUAAAGAAAAAAAAAA